AUUUAAAUUUGAUAUUUGUUAUAUGAUACAGACAUUUAGAUAAAAUAUGAUUCAUAAAGACUAAUCUCACUUAUCAUUUUACUACUGAUAAGAACUAUUUGCUCAAUCAGUUGGAUCCAUACAGUCAGCUAUUCUACAAGUCAGAUAAAUGGGCUCAGAGUGUAUUGAGAUUUCUACUAAACAAGGCAAGUUGAGGGGAUUGAUUAGGGAGUCAGAUGGACUUUCAAAGAUUACUUUUUGUUCUUUCCUAGGAAUACCUUAUGCAAAACCACCAAUUGGCAAGUUGAGAUUUAAGCUCCCAGAAACUGUCGAAAGAUGGGAAGGAGUCCGAAUUGCAACAAAGGAAGGAAACGAUACCUUACAGAAACAUAUGCUUCUCAGAAAAAUUGUUGGAGAUGAGGACUGUCUUUACCUGAAUGUGCAUACCACUCAGCAAGGAAUAAAAGAGGGCAAGAAGGCUGUGAUGGUAUGGAUACAUGGUGGAGGCUUCACUAGUGGUUCUGGUUCUUCUGAACUCUAUGGGCCUGAUUUCUUGAUUGAGGAGGACAUUGUAUAUGUGGCUAUCAACUAUCGUUGUGGAGUCUUAGGAUUUUUAUCAUUGGAAAACGACAAGCUACCAGGUAACUUAGGUCUCAAGGAUCAGGUUCUGGCAUUACAAUGGGUACAAAACAAUAUUGAGAGUUUCGGUGGAGACCCUAAGAAUGUGACAAUAUUUGGAGAAAGUGCUGGUGGGGCUUCUGUACACUACCAUCUGCUGUCUCCACUUUCUAAAGGGUUGUUUCAUAAAGCAAUUCUACAGAGUGGAACUACUCUCUGCCAGUGGGCCUUUCAGCCCAAGCCCAGAGAAAAAGCUCUCUUGCUGGCCAGAGAGCUGGGCUGUGAUUCUCAGGAUUCUGACACUAUCCUGGAGUUCCUCAUGGGUGUUCCUGCCAUAGAUCUCGUGAAAGCAGAAGAUAUGGUGGUUCUUCGAACAGAAAAAGAAAUAAUUCAAAAAAGUGGACGACUGUUUACACCUUGUGUGGAGAGGAACGGUAGUCAUCCAUUCCUGACUGAUUAUCCCCGUAAAUUAAUGGAUAGAGGAGAGUUUCACAAAGUGCCAAUCAUAAUGGGGAUCAAUGACAAAGAGGGAAUGCUCUCUCUCACAAGGGGGGCAGUUCACUGUGACCAAGUGAACUCUGACCUGUCUCUGAUGGUUCCUGUUAAUCUGGCCAUCACACCAGACCGUAAUGAAGAAAGUAGACUCGGCAAGGAGAUUCUGCAAUUCUACAUCAACUCUGAAUCUCUCACUUGGGACACUGUGCCUCAAUACCUUGAUCUGUUAACUGAUGUGGGGUUUGCCAUUGCACAAGAAAACUCGAGACAGUAUUUCCUGAAACACCAAACAUGUCCAGUAUUCAACUACCAGUUCACAUAUUGCAGCCCUCGUGCUUUGUCCUCGUUCAUGUUACGAAAGGGAACACCAAAUAAAGCUGCACAAUUUACUGGCUUGGGAGCAAGUCAUGGAGAUGAGCUGAUUCAUCUUUUCAAAACGAACAUGCCUGAACUUCCCUUUACCCCUCCAACUGAAGACGACCAGAUAUUUAUGAGAAAGUUGUUAAAGGCUUGGACAGUUUUUGCUAAAACAGGGAACCCCAACUUUGAGGGUCUUGCUAGCUCCUGGGAGCCAGACGACAUCAACAACCCUUGUUACUUGGAGAUGGGCGCAAUCUGGCAAUGUGUCAAAGGUGUGUCAUUCACUGAAAGAAUGGCGUUUUGGGAGAAAAUAUAUGAAAAAUACUCAUACUUGUAUUAAAAGAAAUGCCAUAAAGUAUGGUUUAUGUCAAUAAU